ACCUUUGCUUGCCGAGAUCGCCGAGGGGGGUUAGGGUUUUAGGCAGAGGGCCGGAGAUAUGGACGACAGGGCGAGGCAGUGGCUCCUCCUUGCCGCCGUCGCCGGUGCCGGCACCGCCUUCGGCGCGCUAUCCGCUGCCUCCCUACUCAAUUUCCUCUCUAGAUCCAAGCGGAGAGAGGGCUACGUGCGCAACCUGUUAGAAUCGAAUGGCGGUACCAGCGGCAGUGAUGGAUUGGGAACACGUCUGCGCGCUGCCAAUAGCUCGGAUCUUCUUUCUGAUGAAGUUGUCUCUGAGCAGCUUACAAGGAAUAUACAAUUUUUUGGCGUCGAAUCUCAGAGGAAAGUUACUGAAUCUUUUGUUGUAGUCAUUGGUCUUGGAGGGGUUGGCAGUCAUGCUGCUUCCAUGCUCCUGAGAUCUGGGGUUGGCAGAUUGCUCCUAGUAGAUUUUGACCAGGUCUCACUCUCAUCAUUAAAUCGGCAUGCUGUGGCAACCAGAGAUGAUGUUGGGACCCCAAAAGCAUCAUGCCUCAAGAAGCAUUUCUCGAUGAUAUAUCCAGAGUGCCAAAUAGAAGCAAGAGUGCAGCUGUAUGACCCAUCAGCCGAGGAUGAAAUUCUUUCUGGACAGCCUGAUUUUGUUCUUGAUUGCAUAGAUAACAUUGAUACUAAGGUAUCUCUCCUUGCGGCUUGCGCACGCAGAGGUUUAAGGGUACUUUCUGCAAUGGGGGCUGGAGCUCGAGCGGACCCAACCCGAAUUCGUGUUGCAGAUUUGAGAGAAUCUACCAAUGAUCCCCUUUCUCGGGCGGUGCGGUAUCGGCUGAAGAAGGAUCAUGGAAUUGAAGGUGGAAUACCAGUAGUUUUUUCGUUGGAGAAGCCCAAGGCAAAACUACUUCCCUUUCAAGCUUCGAAAGAAGAGGAAACUCCAUCAGAUUACCAGAUUGUGCCAGGAUUCAGGGUUCGCAUUAUCCCAGUACUGGGAACUAUCCCUGCAAUAUUUGGUCAAGUUAUGGCCUCAUAUGUGGUUACUCAGCUCGCCAAAUUAGAUUUUCAAACAGAACCGAUUGUUAACCUGGAUUUGGAUCAUUACCGUGUUCUUCACCAGCGUCUUCUUGAGCACGAGGAGUUGAUAUAUGGGUCAGCUGAGCAAGUUUUGGUUGAUGCUCAAGAGGUGAUGUACGCUGUAAAAGAAUUGUGGUGUGGUCGAAGUGCUAGGGACCAAAACCUGAAGGACACUGGCCGGAAAAUGUGGAGAUCUGUCAAUGAACUAAUGCUUGUUCGGUGGGACAAAUCAAAGCCUGCUGGCGUGUCAAACUUAAUACUUCUCAAGUUCAGCGAGGCGGAUGCACAUGAAUCCACCACGCUCGCUCAAAUAAAAGAAGAAGAACCUGAAUUUUAUACCAUGGUUUCACAUGUGUUGAAGCGAGCUGAAACAGAGUUUGCUUUAUGAGCAGGUCACCAAUCUUAUUGGAUUUCUUCUAUUGCUAAACCGUAAUUACUGAAUUUCCAUUGGUCAAGCAGGCAGAUUUCUGUUUUUCGUGGUCCUAGAUGUGCAUUUUUUUGGAGGUUUUGUUUUAUGAGAAUGAGCAUUUGAUGGCAGUUUUUCCAUUUCUCUGUGAGGAUCUUCCUGUAAUUAUCUACCCAGGAUUUUCCUGUAAUCUGAUAGUAUUUUAGAUGCUUUUGAGAUUACCUCAUGCCGCAACAUGGCUUUUAAUUAUUGCACAUAUAAGAUACAGUGUCAAAUUUGAUCAUGUUUCACUCUA